AUGACGGUGUUUCACUUCUUUAACUGCGCGAUUCUCACCUUCGGCCCCCACGCCGUCUACUACUCCGCCACUCCCUUAUCUGAGUAUGAUACACUUGGCACUUCUGUUAAAGCUGCGGUUGUUUAUCUCGCAACAGCGUUAGUAAAGCUUAUUUGUCUAGCUACUUUUCUCAAGGUAUCUGAGAGUGAUAGCUUUGAUCCAUAUCAGGAAAUUUUGAAGGCCUUAAUAGGUUUUAUUGAUGUUGCUGGGCUUUAUUUUGCCUUAACCCAGUUGACUCACAGAAAUAUCUCUCAAAAUCAUAAAUUUCAAGCAGUUGGACUAGGCUGGGCGUUUGCUGAUUCUGUGCUGCACAGGUUGGCUCCUCUUUGGGUGGGUGCUAGAGGAUUAGAAUUUACCUGGGAGUACAUUUUACAGGGUCUAGAGGCUAAUGCAAAUUUGGUUUUGAGCAUAUCCCUCGCCGCACUUGGAUCUUUGAUGUGGCUCCGAAAGAAUAAACCCAAGACCCUCAUUCCUAUUAUAUACUUGUGUGCUGUGAUUGUAGCUACCAUGCCAUCUAUCACAAGCUAUUUGAGACGUGGAUUGGGGUGGCAUCUUCCCAAAGUUGUAGGUUUUGAGCUCUUCACAUCACUGGUGAUGGCCUUUAUAAGUUGGCAACUAUUUUCUGCAUGUCAGAGACCUUCAGUAUGA